AUGGAAUACGGUCACUCUCAUGUCGCAGGUUUACUGUACAUAGUUGACAUCCAAGUGGAUUUCACAGUUGAUUCUCAUUGCCAGAACACUUCUACAAAACGUACUGGACGUCUUUGUGAUAAUCAAAGUCUUCGUAUUCCUUAUUAUCGUCUACAUCCUGGACGUAACAGAUUUUGUUGUCAUGGCAGAGGGGUCUUUUCCCGGGAUAUGUUUACAGUUCUCUUCUUUGCUUUUGACUGCCGUUUUUUAACCCCCAUCUUAACUCCUGCUGUUCCUAUUUUAGCAGCGAUCCAGUUCCUAUAUGUUGUUACUGCAUUUCUUCGUACAGCAUUCACAGAUCCAGGAAUUAUACCACGGGCUACACGUCCUGAAGUAGAAUGGACUGAACUGUCAAUUAAUACUGGAGAUGUAUCUGUAAAUGACUCGAAUAACAAAAGUGAGCAUGAUGUAAAUGCAGUUCGAACUUAUCCACCCGGUGCCAGAACACGUCAAAUUCUAAUUGGAGAUCAUCUAGUCAAAAUUAAUUAUUGUCAUAGUUGUCGAAUUUUCCGUCCACCAAGAGCGUCACAUUGCUCUUCGUGUGAUAAUUGUGUUGAACGUUUUGAUCAUCAUUGUCCAUGGAUUGGAAAUUGCGUUGGCCAAAGAAACUAUCGUUAUUUUAUAUUGUUCAUAUAUUCCCUGAGUAUCUAUUGUCUUUAUAUUUUAGUAUUUUCAAUAGUCAAUUUAAUUUUAUUAUACGAAAAGUAUGAAGAUAUUAUAAUGGCUAUCAAGAUUUCUCCCGCUUCAUAUCCUUUUCAUGUGAUUUUUGAUAAUAAAGUGUUGAUGUUAUUAUAA